UGAGUUUUCCUCCAGUUUAAGGAAAAGUCCCCGUUUCGUCGCUAUUUAUUUGCACCCGAUGAGGAACUGCGCCGAUAGUUUCCUCACUUUUAGCGAGAACCCAGCGAACUAGCGUCCGCUCAGCACUGUAAGUGGCGUUUACAGCGCUAACAGUCCUUUUAUGACAGGUUUUCAUUUGCAGCGAGAGAUCUGUUUCUCGCACUGUGACCUGCCUCUGACUUUUGCAGCCGGUUGCCAGGUCUGAGCGUCCGGGCAAACGCGACAAAAAGCAUGCACGCGCGCAGAGUCGUUCUCAACUCGCGACCAGGUAAAAAUGGGGAGCCAAGCCCGGGAAAUUUCAGCCUGGAACAAAUUACUCUAACACCUGACCUGAAAGACGGACAAGUCCUUGUCCGGACGCUUUACCUCUCAGUUGACCCUUACAUGCGCUGUAGAAUGAACGAAGACACCGGUGCUGAUUACGUGGGUCCAUGGAAGCUGUCUGAGUGUGUGGACGGCGGAGGUGUUGGCGUGGUGGAGACCAGCCGCUGCAGCGCUCUGGCUGAGGGAGAUGUGGUCACUUCAUUCAACUGGCCAUGGCAGACCCAUGCUGUUAUGAUGGGAAGCAGCCUACAGAAGGUUGAUUCACAGAUGGUCGAUGGACACCUGUCCUACUUUUUGGGACCGGUUGGUAUAACAGGACUCACCGCGCUGCUGGGAGUCAGGGAGAAGGGCCAUGUGACCAAAGGGGCCAAUCAGACGAUGGUGGUCAGCGGCGCAGCUGGCGCCUGUGGCUCCCUAGCUGGACAGAUCGGCCGGCUGGACGGAUGCGUGAGGGUGGUUGGGAUAUGUGGUUCCAACGAGAAGUGCAGAGCUUUGGUCGAAGAUCUGGGCUUCACCGCGGCCAUCAACUACCGCAGUGAGGACGUCUCGGCACGGCUCAAGGAGAUCUGCCCUGACGGCAUCGACGUCUACUUUGACAACGUGGGAGGCUCCAUCAGCGACGUCGUCAUAGAGCAGAUGAACAGAGGAGGCCACGUGAUCCUCUGUGGCCAGAUCUCGCAGUACAACAAGGACGUGCCGUAUCCUCCCCCUCUGAGCGAUAAGACGCAAGAAAUCCUGCAAAGUCGGAGCAUCACCCGAGAGAGAUUUAUGGUGCUUAGCUACAUGAGUAAAUCAGAAGCUGCCCUCUUUGAGCUCAGCCAGUUGGUAAAAUCAGCUCAGAUCAAGGUGCUGGAAACGGUGGUGAAUGGUAUAGAAAACAUGGGAGUUGCAUUUUGCUCCAUGAUGAAAGGUGGAAACAUCGGCAAACAAAUAGUAAAAAUAUCCGACUGAGGGAAACUGGAGUUGCUUCCGGGCCAGACGCCGCUCCUAAUGUACGCCUUUUCAUCGCCUCCAUUACUGUAACACUAAUUUCUAGAACUUACUUCCUAAUGUGAAAUAAAAUAAGAAAAUAAAUGAAUCGCUCCUAUUUUCUAACUGUAUUAAAGAUGAGAUAAAAUUUAAUUUCAGAAAUUUGGAGCAUCCUGGAAUCAAUAUUAAAUGAGGCUGAAAUUAGUUAGAGCGCCUCCUGAUUAUUGUCAACUCUUUCCCCAGCUCUUUGUAGAAAAAUGUCCAACCAGACUACUUGGUUGAAGUACGUUAUUUUGUACGUUUUUUUUACAGAGUGUUGACUUUUUUCCCCCCUGUUUUAAAAAAAUAAAUGUAAAAGUUUUAAGUGA